AGGACCCACAUGUUCUUUUUAAGACAGUGGAAAAGCACGUGCUGAUGCCACUCUGCCCACAACAGCGUUAUCUCAUCUAACCUAGUGGGUAUAUCAGAUUAUGAGGCAAGGUGACGAUUAGGUCAAAUCAUGGUUAAGUCACAUAUACAUAGGCUCCGCCUACCCUAUGUGGGCUGCCUUGGAUUUCGAGAUAGCAUGGUUAAGUGUACGUUUGACAAGCUUAUUCCUGGGUAUUAUUAUCACUGUUUCCUUUAGACAUAGAUACCAGUCGGUAGAUUCAGAUUGCUCGUUGCAGGGAAUUGAUUGGUACUUAGCUAGGUAGUGGGGCUGCCAUAGAAAUGGAGAUUCUGAAAGAGCAGUUUGCGUUGGUUUCCGUGCACACAUUUCUAUGCAUUGACCAUCUGGAAUAAACAUAUUUAUAUGCACUGGCAGAGUUGAUAUUCCAUCUGGGUGGUUUACAACUUACUGGUUGGAAGAAGGGAAGAGCAGAAGCAUUGAGCGCUUGAGGCGUCCCCUACUUUUACAGCUGGAUUUUUUGGAAAAGUCGAGCUAGCUUCGUUCUACCUAGUUAUACAUAUAUUUACCAAUAUUCUAUUUGAAAGGACUCAGAAUUCAAGCAGACUGUUUUCAGUGUUUCGCAGCAAAACCGCCAGCGGGACCAGAUCUAUAUCACCAAUGGAAAUGGAUUGGAUGGCUUCUCUGGACAAUAUGGAUGACGAGUACGAAAAACUCAUUAUAAGGAUGAACCCUCCAAGGGUUGAGAUUAGUAACAGCGCUUGUGAGAAUGCAACAGUUGUGCAGGUCGACAGUGCUAACAAACAUGGUAUUCUUCUGGAAGUUGUACAAGUGCUUACUGAUUUGAAUCUCUUUAUUACCAAAGCCUACAUAUCUUCUGAUGGAGGAUGGUUUAUGGAUGUCUUCCAUGUAACCGACGAGUAUGGCAAGAAGCUAGCGGAUGAAGGUGUAAUUAACUACAUCCAACAGACACUUGGAACAAAUGCUUGUUUCCUACCCACUUUAAGGAGAUCUGUAGGAGUGAAGGCUGCGACAGAGCAUACAUCAAUUGAACUAACUGGAACAGAUCGGCCUGGGCUGCUCUCAGAAGUGUUUGCUGUUCUUGCAGACAACAAGUGUAACGUGGUGGGGGCAGAGGUAUGGACCCAUAAUAUGAGGGUUGCCUCUGUUUUGUAUGUUACAGAUGAGAUCACAGGUGCCCCUAUAGACGAUCCUCAGAGGCUUCUCAGGAUCAAAGAGCUUCUCUGCAAUGUUUUGAAAGGCAAUAAUGAUGUAAGAGGCGCCAAAACUGUGGUCUCUAUGGGUGUCACUCAUACAGAGAGACGCCUUCAUCAGAUGAUGUUUGCUGAUCGUGACUAUGAAAGAGUGAACAAAGGCAGGGCAGCCUCCAAUGAAGACAAAUCUAGGCCACUGGUAACUGUUCAGAACUGUAUAGAGAAGGAUUAUUCAGUCGUUAGUAUUCGCUGCAAGGACAGGCCAAAGCUUCUGUUUGAUACCGUAUGCACGUUAACAGACAUGGACUAUGUUGUAUUUCAUGGCACAGUAAACGCGGGGGCCUCUGAAGCAUAUCAGGAAUACUACAUAAGGCAUACGGAUGGCUUUCCUGUUAACUCCGAAGCUGAGAGAAAGCGAGUGAUACAAUGUUUGGAGGCAGCUAUAGAAAGAAGAGUCUCAGAGGGAUUGCGACUUGAACUAUGCACUAGCGAUCGACCAGGCCUGCUCUCAGAUGUGACCCGCAUAUUUCGUGAGAAUGGAUUAUCAGUUACAAGAGCGGAAGUCACCACCAGGGGAGAAAAGGCGGUAAAUGCAUUCUAUGUGACAGAUGCAGCAGGAAAUCCUGUUGAUUCUAAAACAGUUGAAGCAGUUCGAAGAGAAAUUGGCCUAACCAUAUUGCAAGUUAAAGAGAGUUCUGCUUCUCCCAAAUCUCCCCCUCGGGAGACAGCUGCAAGGUUUCUGUUUGGUAAUCUUUUUAGAUCAAAAUCCCUAUACAGUCUUGGAUUGAUAAAAUCCUAUUCUUGAUUGUUGUACAUAUCUGUUUCUUAACAUCUCCCAAAGAAGGUCCACUGGUUGUAGCAAGAGCAUGCCAUCAAUUGCCGCCUCUGUACAUAAAAAAAUCAAUUGAAUAGGUACCCCACUCCAUUGACCAACAUACCCUAGAUCCUAUUCGUUUGCAGAAUGUCCACUAUUGUAUGUUAAUUCACAGUUUCUGUUAUGGGUUGUCUUGUCUUCUGCGAGGGAGGAAGACUAGUCUGGUACCUGCAUAUGGGGUAAGGGUGAUCUCACUGUUCAAAUAACUUGAAUGUGUAUCCAUACUAGAUUAAUAUCCCAAAAUACGAGGUUUAAAAGUCAAGAGAAUGUUGACAAUGGCUAUUGGUCAUGACCUGAUCCUGUAACCAUAUGUACAAUAACACUUCCCCUCUGUCUCACCCCUGACUCCAAUGAAAACAAAAACAAAAAAAAUACACCAUUAUAGGGAAAUGCAUUUUCUGCAUAUAGAAGUUUCUCAUUCUUCAAAGAACACUUUUGUCAAUGUUUGGGCUUGAAUAUUGUAAAAAAAAACUCUUUACUGGCCAAUGGAAGCAUAUUCUUUAUAUUGA